AUGCCAUCAUCGUCGUGUGAUGGUGAGCCGAAUUGCUCAUCAUGGGCGGCUGGUUCUUGUGGCCGAGAAAAUUUAUCAGCCGCCAAAAAAGUGGAAUGUUGUCAGAAGAAGUUGUUGACCGUCGGCAUUGCUCAGCAAAUUACAGCGAGCUCAUCUGGAGCGAUAGUGACGUCGCUUUUCAUGACCCCCCUGGACGUCGUCAAAAUCCGUCUCCAACAACAGUCUCGCCCGUUUCCCAAAGGCGAAUGCUUCUACUAUCACAACGGCCUAAUGGACGUUGUCUGCGAAGCGUGCGAGGUCCGGAAGCCGUGCGAAUGGUAUCAAAGACCUGGAAACUUCCGUGGAAUGGCCGACGCCUUCGUAAAAAUCACCAAACACGAAGGCGUCCGAUCGCUGUGGAGUGGACUGGCGCCGACGAUGGUCAUGGCGUUGCCAGCGACCGUUUUCUAUUUCACCACUUAUGAUAAUUUGUCGGUUUGGUUGAAAAAAAAAAUGUGCUGUCGUCGUGCGUUCUCCCCAGAGAAAUGGACGCCUCCAGAUUGGACGGCCGCGGCGACCGCUGGUAUCGCUGCGCGGACCUUAUCAGUAACACUGGUCAGUCCCAUCGAGAUGAUAAGGACCAAAAUGCAGAGUCAGAAAUUAACGUAUCACGAACUGGGUCAUCUGAUAAAGAGCUCAUGGGCGACGAAGGGCAUCUCGGCGUUUUAUCUUGGCUGGACGCCAACGAUGCUCCGUGAUAUCCCGUUUUCUGGAAUCUACUGGGCUGGAUAUGAUUGGUUUAAAACCCGCUUGACACGCCUUCAAGGUCCGGACCACUCGCCGUUCGUUGUCUCUUUUGUGUCAGGUGCUUCUGCCGGCAUCGUGGCUUCUGUAUUCACGCAUCCAUUCGACGUCAUCAAGACGAAUGCUCAGAUUCGAAUCGGUGGAAAUCUGGAUUCGAUGAACAAAUCGAUUGGCGCGGUGAUCAGGGAAAUGUAUCAGACGAGAGGGAUUGGAGCGUUUUCAGCGGGUCUCCUGCCGCGACUUGUCAAGGUCUCUCCAGCUUGCGCCAUCAUGAUCAGCUUCUACGAAUAUUUCAAGUACUUGUUCCAAAAAUAA